CUUAUCAGUGGCUUAUUACUUACCCGUACUGACCAUCUGCGGUUAUCAUAUGUGUGUCACCAGGGAUGCUGCUGUCUCGCAGAGUGCAUUGGAAGGUGGUGGCGGAAGAGGCCACACCCGUAGAAACCGUCGACAUACAGAUCAUCAAGUCUAAAUAUGAACGGGAGGAUGUCCAAAAGAAAACUUUCGCAAAGUGGAUAAAUUCUCAACUAGUCAAGAGCAACUGUUCCUUAAUUAACGACCUGUUUGUGGACCUGCAAGAUGGGACCAGACUGUUGGCACUCCUGGAAAUCCUUACAGGGAAGCAAUACAAAAGAGAAAAGGGUCGGAUGCGAGUACAUCACUUGAACAACGUAAAUCGAGCACUUCAGGUCUUAGAACAUAAUAAUGUAAAACUUGUAAAUAUUAGCAGUAACGACAUUGUAGAUGGCAACCCAAAACUGAUUCUAGGCCUGGUAUGGAGUAUCAUUCUCCAUUGGCAGGUACAUUACCACCUGAAGGACCUCAUGUCAGAGCUGCAACAAACCAACCUGGAGAAGACAUUGCUGGCGUGGUGCAGACAAAAUACUCAGAACUACUCUGGCGUGGAUGUCAGGAACUUCACCACGUCGUGGUCGGACGGGUUGGCAUUCAACGCACUACUUCAUCAUUUCAGACCGGAUCUAUUUGAUUUUGGAAAUGUCACUCGCAGACAUCCAAAUGCCAGGUUGGAUCACGCAUUCCGCGUCGCUCAAGAGCAAUUUGCAAUCGAGAGACUACUUGAUCCUGAAGAUGUGAACACGUCCGUCCCAGACAAGAAGUCCGUCAUGAUGUACGUCAUGUGUCUGUUCCAGUCUCUGCCUCAUUCCACGCUGGAAGUCUCCAGUCUGGAGUUUCUCCAGUCUGACUCCAGCAGCUCACUGGCCUCUCCAGCAACCACAUUCGAGGGUGCUAUGGGGGAGCUGGAGCCCCGUAGUUCCAGGCCCCACAGUCUGGCUACCAAUGCCUCCGUAGAGCUGGGGGGUUACCAAGUAGCCAUGGAGGAGGUGCUGACUUGGCUGCUGGAGGCGGAGGACAGACUAAGCCACGACCUGGCUCUAGGAAGUACUGACCUUGAAACUAUCAAGGAACACUUCCAUUCACAUGAGGGUUUCCUGCUGGAGCUGUCGGGUCACCAGGAAGGUGUGGGGGCAGUGCUGGAGGAAGGAGCUCGUAUGUUGUCCGAGGGAGGGCUGACUAGAGACGAGGAGGAGGAGGUCAGAGUACAGAUGAGACUGCUCAACUCUCGCUGGGAGGCUCUACGACUCAAGGCAAUGGAGAAACAAGCAAGCAUCCACUCGUUGCUGAUGUCGGCUCAGCAGAAGCAGCUGGAUCGUCUGCGAGAGUGGCUGACUGCGACGGAGGAUCGCAUAUCUCGCAUGUCACAAGUGGGGCCUGACCUGAGCGACCUACAGGCGCAACAGAAGGCACUUGCUGCACUGCGAGACGACCUACAGGCGCAACAGAAGACAGUGGACUCCCUAUGCAACCUGGUCAUUGUUGUAGAUGACACCACUGCUGACAGUUCCUACUCAGCAAUGGAAGACCAGCUGGCAGCGCUGGGGGAGAGGUGGGAACACAUCUGUCAGUGGUCAGAGGAGCGCUGGGGUCUGCUACAACAGCUGAUCACCUCGGCCAGUCAGCUGAUGGACCAGGUCAGCUGGCUACAACAGUGGCUGCUCACCAAGGAGACAACACUCAAACAGAUGGAGGCGGAGCCGGCGACAGAGAUGGGUGCAAUACUCGACCGGAUCAAACAGCUUCAGGUAAUGCGUCAACAAAUGGACGCCCAGCAGAAGCGGCUGACGGGGAUACAAGAUGCAGCCACAGAGCUGAGUCUGCGGAUGCGUCCUCCAGAGGGAGGCCGUGACCUGGAGCAGAUAGAGGCUCUGCAGGACCGCUGGGACGCUCUGGUGCUCAUACUGGAGAUGCAGAGUCAGAGAAUAUCGAGCUCUGGGUUUGAAGUGACUCCUGUGGUUGGUGACAGUUCAACGACUAUCAGCACCAGUCUGGCCUGGGAGGAAACAUCACCUUCUGAAGAUGGCCAAGGUAGUUGGAAGAGGAGGAAGGUGGAGGCUGGUCAGACAGAGCUGGACAGAGGUAUGGAGGUGCUGCGUGACUGGCUGCAGAACACACUGCAACAGCUGCAGAGUCACAGUGACAGUGAGGUGCUGCGGAGAGCCAGGGAGGAGUGGCUGCAGAGGAGAGCCAGUCUGGACAACAUCACCAGGCUCGCACACACACGUAUACAGGAGAUCAUUACUGAGGGAGGCUCUCCAGAAGAAGAAGAAAAACGGUUGUCAGAGUUGACGAAGAGUUAUGAAAACAUGGAUGUAACGCUGCAACACAAAACAGAGGAGGUGGAACAGAGAGGUCUGAUAGAGAGCGAGAUAGCCAGUGCAGUUAUACUGAUAGAAGAGUAUAACCAGUGGCUGUCUGCGACUGAUGCUCAUGACUUUGAUGUCUGUUCGGCCAAAAUUCAAUCUCUCAAGUCCCAGGAAGACAGGCUCACAUCCCUGCAGGAAAAGACAACAAAUUUCUGUUCCCGUUAUCCUGACUCGGAGGAAUCAAAGACUAUCCAGGAGAAGGUUGAAAGUCUAAGCUCAGACAUCAGUGCUGUCUACAACAGGCUGGUGGCUCUAGAGCAAGAGUUGAGUGAGCCGAGCCCACAGGCCAAGUACACGGAAGCCAAGACUAACCUGACCAGGUGGAUGGAUGAUGUGGAGGGGAUACUGUUGUCAGAACAUGUUGUGCUCACCUACCCACAGUCCAUGGAGGAACAACUUGUCAAGUUUCAGGAGUUGGAAAAGAACAUCUCAGCCCAGCAGGAGGGCUAUGACCAGGUGAAGGCUGCAGGUGAGGAGUUGAUGAUGCGAGCUCCAAGUGAGCGACUCAGAGAGGAGUUGCAGGACCUUCACACUCGCUGGGCUGAUAUACCUCGUAUACUGGUGGAGCGCAGGACCAAACUGCAAACUGACAUUGGGAAAAUCCAACAGCUGAAGGAUGAAGUGCAGAAUGUAGAAGCUUGGCUCCAGCAGGCGGAGGAUUUCUUAGCACAUGAGAAAGUAGCUAAUUUGCCUCUCUCGGCCUUGCAGUCUCACCUACAGAGAUCACAGGAUCUCAUAGAAGAAGCUGCAAAACUCGACCCGAGCAUCCAAAACAUCAGAAAGGGCGGUGAAGAGUUGCUAGGAUCUAAUGCAGAGACAACAUUCGCAAAAGAAAUUAACGAAAGUAUCAAAACUUUAGUCAGUAAAUGGGAUUCUGUGAUCAAGAAACAAGCAGUGGAUCGUCGUGAUGGUGUGAAGAAUGUUAUAACAAAGUAUAACCAGGUAUCAAAUGGUUUGAAUGAAUUAGCAGCCUGGCUGUCCACCACUGAACAGAAAGCAAACACCGAUUUAUCUAGCAUCCAGGUACCUUCAGAUCUUUCCAAAAUGAAAGGAAGAUUCCAGUCAUUGAAAGAAAGUGUUGAGAAGAAAACAAAGGAUUUCAACUCUGUCAUGAAACAAGCAAAUGAACUGAUCAGCAACCAUCAAGGAGAAGGAGUUGAAGAGUUAAAGAACAAGGUUAAAGAAAUCGACUCCAAAUGGAUGGAAAUCAAUGAUGUGGUAUCAAAGAAGUACAAGUUCUUGCAGGAUGCCAACCAUCAGUAUGGGGAAUUCAGAGCACUUGUUGCCCAAGAGAUGGAUUGGUUGGACAAACUUGAGAAACGGUUGAAGAAAUCUCCUAAGUCUGCGGCGGAUGCUGAAGAAAUCUCAGAAGAGCUUGAUGACUUGGAGAACUACAUCCGCAACCACCCGGAUUCCAGGUUGUCUCGUCUGCAGGAGCUCGGACGGUCUCUGAUCAGCGAGAAGAUGAUGUCACAGAGCGUGAAGGCUGACGUGGAAGCCAUCACUACCCGGUGGAGUCAGCUGAGCCAGCAGAGCCAAGUAGUCCUCUUAGAAAAUAUAAUCGGAAACUCGAUGGCUAGGGAUCGAACCGUGUUACUUGAGGGCUGUGUGGUCGAAGCACAACAGCUGGAAGGCCAAAUCGUGCUGUUCCAAGAGUGGCUGAACGAUGUCGAAGCACAACUAACAGAACGGAUCGACAACGAUCUCACCGCUCACGAUUUGCCAGACGACGUUCAGAGACUGGUUGAGGAGUUUGAGACGCAAGCUCGUACUCUGCAGCAGAUGGAGGAGCAAGUCCGCAGUUACAGAGCUGCAGGGAAGCACGAGGCUGCGGCCAGACUGCAGGAACAGAUGGUUUUACUACAGGAACGGUUCAAUGAUAUAGCCGAGAAGUUUGAACGUUUUCGAUCACCGAGCAACCUAGAGCCUCGUCUGAACCGAGCCAUGAGAGAGUUGCGGGGGAUCGAGGAAGCCACUUGCCUACUAGAGCUAGCCUCUGAGGAUCCAGAGAGCAUUCAGGGCCAACUGAACCAUUGCAAGCGCUUCUACCAGACGUUGAGUGAGAUCAAGUCUGAAGUAGAGAGUGUGAUCAAGUGCGGCAGGAAGCUAGUGGAGGAGAAGUCUGUUCCUCAACACUACACUGGACGUCUCGACACUCUCAAGGAAUUGUACAACAAGCUGGGUCUACAAGUGACUGAAGCCAUGUCCAGUUUGACCACAGCCCUGGAGCUGUCACGUUCACUACAGACAGACAUCCCUGCCCUGACCAGCUGGGCGGAGGGAGUAGACCUGGAGCUGGACCAGGUGGAAGCUACUCCGGCCAACCACCGGGACAUCCAGGCAGAGAUCAGCUUUGUUAAGGACACUCUGACAGAGUGUGAGAGGUGGAGAGAACGCAAGGACCAGAUCAAGAGCAACUACAGGGCGUUCUCUACCCUGUGUGACCCGGUGUAUCUGGAGGUGUUGAAGGACAGGGACACACUGACAGAGUGUGAGAGGUGGAGAGAACGCAAGGACCAGAUCAAGAGCAACUACAGGGCGUUCUCUACCCUGUGUGACCCAGUGUAUCUGGAGGUGUUGAAGGACAGGGACACACUGACAGAGUGUGAGAGGUGGAGAGAACGCAAGGACCAGAUCAAGAGCAACUACAGGGCGUUCUCUACCCUGUGUGACCCAGUGUAUCUGGAGGUGUUGAAGGACAGGGUCAGUGACUGUGUACGCAAGUGGGAGCGGACCCGGGACAAACUGCUGCAGGCUCAGACCCAACUACAGGGCUUCACAAAGGCCUCUAAAUCUAUAUUGAAGCCCAGUAAACCGACAAAAACUGUGAGAAUAAAAGAGCCCAGUGAGAUUUCUGAAACGUCACCAACUCUCGCAAGUGAAUCUGGAUCUAAUGUUUCUGAUAGUCAAAUCCAGAAAACCGAAGUUCCACAAGUGACAAAAACUGUUACACCAGAUGAAAACAAGGAAAGCUCACCUAAAGGGAAAAUCUUAGAAGGAGAGACACAGGUGAAGUCAAUCUUGAAAAAUGAUACAUCGACCAAGAUUUUUGUGUCAAAAUUAGAAAUGGAAAUUCCCAAUAAUAGCAAGCUUACAGAACCUGGUAGUUUUGUUGUAAGUAGUGAAAACAAACGGAGGAGUGUGUACGAGAAUGUAGACAAUGUUGAAACAUCCCAUGUUAUAAUAGAAGAACCUGAAGACGAGGAGGACUCCUCAGAGUCCAACCAAUGUGGUGGAAGACAACCCUUGCAAAGUGGUUGA